AUGUCCGUCGUCGUCGACGACGACGGCGACGCUCCGGCGCCAUCGCCACUAAAAUUUCGAAUCAUCGCCACGGACGGUCGCGCUCGCGCGACGUCGCUGACGCUUCCGCAUCACGAAUGUUUCACGCCGAUGUUCAUGCCCGUCGGUACGCAAGGCUCGGUGAAAGGCUUGACGAGCGCGCAGCUGGAGGCGAUCGAGUGCCAGGUGAUUCUCGGGAACACGUAUCACUUGGGAAAUCGCCCCGGGGCGGACGUGCUCGCCAAAGCCGGCGGUCUGCACGGGUUCAUGAACUGGCGUCGAGCGAUGCUCACCGACAGCGGCGGGUUCCAGAUGGUGUCGCUGCUUGAUUUAGCGGAUAUCACCGAGGAAGGGGUGACGUUUCAAAGCCCGACCGAUGGGAAACAGAUGUUACUCACGCCCGAGCGAAGUAUUCACAUACAGAACGAUAUAGGGGCGGAUAUCAUCAUGGCGUUGGACGACGUGGUGUCGAGCGUGACGGCGGACCGAGCGAGGUUCGAGGAGGCAACGCAUAGAACGACGCGGUGGAUAGAUAGAUGCAUCGCGGCGCACAAGCGACCGCACGAACAGUGCUUGUUCGGCAUCGUGCAGGGGGGGUUAGACUUAGAUUUGAGAGAUGUAUCGCUGGAAGGGUUGUUGGCGCGCGGCGACGCGUUGCCGGGCAUGGCGGUGGGCGGUUUAGCUGGCGGCGAGUCCAAGGAAGAUUUCGUGCGCGUCGUGUCGCACUGCACGGCGAAGUUACCCGAUCACAAACCAAGAUACGUCAUGGGCGUGGGCUAUCCGUUGGAUUUAGUGUUGUGCACCGCGCUCGGGGCGGACAUGUACGACUGCGUGUACCCGUCGCGCACGGCGCGAUUCGGCACGGCGCUCGUGCCCGAGGGCGUUCUUCGACUGAAGAGCUCCGCUCUCGAACACGACCACCGGCCUAUCGACGAAACGUGCGACUGUUUGACGUGCAAAACGUACACGCGCGCGCAAAUGCACGCCAUCGCGACGAAGGAGCCUCGCGCGGCGCAGUUGCUCACGAUUCACAACUUGCGCUAUCAAAUGCGUCUCUGCGCCGCGAUGCACCACGCCAUCGUCGAGCAACGUUUCGCCGAUUUCGUUCGAGAUUUCAUCGAGAAGCAGUAUCCCGACGACACCGCCCCACCGUGGGUGCGUCAAGCGUUGGAGUACGCCGGAAUUACCCUUCGCGUCGCGUGA